UUCAGAGUUAAUAAAAAUAGUGAACGAUCAAAGAAGAAAGAUGAACGGGUUGGCUCUCAGAAGGUCAAGAGCAGAAAACCACUUUAUGAAAAAUAAAGUCAACAUCGCUGGUAUCGACAUCGACAAUUUGAUUAAAUAAAAGAAUGUAUGAGUGGCAAGCAAGGAACGGUAUUGAAAAGCAUGCUCAGAGGUUCAAAGGCAAGAAAAAAUCUGGUUUACGGUUAAAUAAGAGGAGGUUCAAGGUAAAAAUGCCUGAUAUCUUUCAGAAAAAGAGGCUGCUUUCUCCUAAACCGAGGCCGAUGAGUCCAUUGCACAAGGACUUGAAGUCAUUGCAUAAAAUUAUUAAGGAGACAUUUAAGGAAGUCGACAGUUUUGACUUCAAAGAGUACUCCAGAGUCGGUAGAAGGGAGAUCAUCAGAAAGCAGAAUGAGAUAGGACUCAAAUCUUUUGAUGCAACCAGGGUCAAUUCAGAACAAGACUCUCAGGAGCUCCAAAUGAAUAAGUCUCAUGGGAGCAGCAAUAUCCUUAAAAACAUCCGAGACAAGCUGAAAUAGCAAGAAAUUGAAAAAUAAGAAAAGUGAGACCAGAAAUGUACAUUUUAAUAUCAGCUUUGACCAAAGAAGCCUCAGAUCUUCCGAAGACUUGGAUGUUUGUAGGGAUGAUGCCGAUUUCAGGACUCUGAAAACUCCAAUCUCUCUGGACCAAUUUCAAAACUCUAUCGCCACUCCUAGUGACAUGAGGACCAAGGGAAAAAAUAUGGAGAGGAAGUCCAAAUUCAAAUUUAAUAUCUUGAAUGGAGAUAUUGAGGAUAAGAAAGUUAUGCUAAGAAGGAAGAGACUUUUGGCUAGCUCAAAAAGUUUCUCAGAGAAUGUCCAAGAUCUAUCAAACAAACAUAAUAAUAUUGACCAGGGGACUUAUGAAGGGCGACCAAAUCCUUAUAAAGACAAGACUCUCAGACAGAUCAUAAACACUCGUCUGAGAAUCACCAGUAAAAUUCAUGCCAAGAAUCAGAUUGUGCAGGAGAAAUUGAAGAAAAUAGCUGAUGAAACGAGCAAAAACCUGUCAUUAGAUAUCCAGUAUAAGUUGAAGUCAAAGAUCGGGGAUAUUUGCCAACUAAUGCAGCAGAGUAAGUUAGGAAAGACACAGAAAAGCUACCUCACCAAGAAGCAGAGAUACCCUUACACAUUACUCUAUGAUAGGUAGAGGAUAAAUCUAGCUAAUUAGCCAUAAUGCUUGUUUCAAUA